CUAGAAUAUUCCUUUGUUCUGCUUGCUUUUAAUAAUGGACAAAGCUUUCGAGAUUCAGAGAAAUGUUCGGGAUAACGCUAAGACGUUGCAAACAUACUUGACAGAUUUGCAAAAUUGGGAGGCCGAGAUGAAACGAAAGGAGGCUGCGAUCAACGGCGAGUUUGAGCAGAACUUGCCUCCUGUCCGUAGUAAGAAAAAGAAGGAAAAACCUGCAGUGGUCAAGAAAUCUCCAGAAAAAAGAAUCCCUUCAUAUGACUAUAAGUCUUGGGAUAAAUUUGAUGUUGACAAAGCAUGCGAGGAAGUAGACAUGGAGGACAUCGGCCCUGUUUCUCUUGAUAGCAAGAAAAGUCGGGACACUAAGCAAGAGAAGCUAAGAGAAGAGGCUCAAUAUGAGAAGGAGAGGGGUAACGCAUUUGUAAAAUUAGAGAAAUGGGAUGAUGCUAUAUCGUGCUACAGCCGGGCGAUUGAACUAGUCAAAGAUGAUGCCAUAUACUAUGCUAAUAGGGGGCUGUGCUAUCUCAAGAAGGACAGCUUGCACCAAGCGGAGUCGGACUGCACGGAGGCGCUGCGACUGGACGCGCGCUACGUGAAGGCGCUGCAGCGACGCGCGGCGGCGCGCGAGCGACUCGGGUCGCUGCGCGCCGCCUCGCGCGACCUCGCCGACGUGCUGCGGCUGGAGCCCAACAAUCACGCCGCCAGGAAACAGCUGGAAACCAUCAAGGCCAGGAUGGGGACUAAAGGGUCCAAGUCAAAGUCGUCUCCAUCCACCACUCCAACGGUCGAAACCAAACCCAUAAUGAAACCCUCACAAGCCAAGAUUGUCGAGCUGCCCGAUGAAUCUAAAGUGGAGAAGGUGGUGAAGAAUGUCUCAGCUCAAGAGAAGUGGAUGAAUGGUGACGGGGAACCCAUCACUGUGAUCAAACCGGUGAAGAAACCUCCACAUUUGCGAUCUAAGAGACCCCUAAAGUCCGUGAAGAUCCAAGAAAUUCCUCUUGGUAAGACCACUCCGGAGACACCGUUCACUCCAGACAAACCUUCCACUCGGAUGAAUAUCAUUGAGAUAGAAGACAGUCAGGCGCAGGGCGAUAGCAAUAAUAACGACUCUAACAAGACAGAUGAGGCUCUGCAGAAUGGAGACAAAGGCAAAGGCGACCCCAGCGCAGAAUCAGACGGCGCGACGGAGACCGGGCUGAGCCGGCGGGACGCGGCGCCGCCGGCCAACAGCGUUCAGUUCAUGUCCCAGUGGAAGUAUCUCAAGGAUUACGCUGAAGCCAGGAGCGAUUAUUUAAGUAUCAUAGACCCCGAGAGAAUCCCCUCGAUUUUCGCCAACGCCCUGGAAAGCGACGUGCUAUCCGAUGUGCUACGCUUGUUAGCGUUCUACACUGAGAAAUAUAAAGAGAAAAGGAUAACAGCUUACCUGAAAGGAUUGUGUAACGUGAAGAGAUUCUCAGCUCUGGCCAUGUUCCUGUCUCGGGCUGAUAAAGAAUUGCUGACCAAAUUAUUGCACCACUGCAAGACUGUCGAGAACGCAACCGAAGAUGAAUUGGCUGAUCUUAAGAACAAAUACGAACUUUAAUAUUGUAGGGUAGGCUAGUUAACGAAUUGUAGAUCAACUAAUUAUCCAUGUUUGAACAUUUUGGGACACGGACUUUGGUUUGUUUUUACUAUUAUUCUCUAUAUAUCUCUCUCUCUCUCUCAUCUUCGUGUGUUCCCUUCGACUUCAUUCGGCGAUGAGACGCUUUAAAAAAUACUUAUUUACCUUGCUCUUACAGUCGAUUUCCUAACGCUUCCACGCAAGCAAUUGCAAGGGGCAAUUGGAAGUGCCCCCUGCCUGCAAGUCAAUAUGGAAAAUAAAAUUUAUUAACACAGAUCAUCAUGUCUAAUUGGGUGAAUUUUAAAUAAAGGUAAUAACGGCGGUCAAAACGCUCGAAAAUUCACCCCUUCAAUAUUUUGGACAGCCCCGACUGCAUACUCAACGCUGGCGCCUAUUUUGCCGUCCAUAUGAAUCUUAUUAAACUGUGAUUCGCCUUUGAUUGUACAACCAGCGCACGCCUGCCCUCUUUGGGAAUACUGUUGUCUGUCAGCUGUUUUAUCCCUUAAUAACUUCACACGAAGUCCUUCGAAAAAUAUGAAGUGGUUCAAUUCGAGGGUUGGUGUUACUCUUUCACAUUUGAUUGUUUUCCCGAUUUAUUUCUCAGCCAUUGAGUGUCGGAGCCUAAGGUCCGCUUUGCUAAAGUCUAUGCAAACUUACUUCGCUGGCGCUUUGUCUAUGACCUCUAAAAAAAGGCAAACAUAAAUAUCACAACUUAGAAAAAGACGCAAAAUAUCCUGUUCCAAAACUUCUAAAUGGUUAGGUAGAUACAAUAGUAAUUAUAUAAAUGUCAUUAUUGUGACGAUUUUUUUUUUCAUGGGUGCAAGUAUAGUUGAGUUCUGUGAUUGUUUUUUUUUAAGUUCGAAUAAAUAUUUUCCACGGA